AUGUCCGAAGCCUACGAGCGCGAACGGCAAAAUAACUCGCGACUCGAUGAGCUGUCCCACAAGAUCUCCGCGCUUCGAGGCGUGACCAUUGACAUCUACGACAAUGCGCGAAACCAUGAUCUCAUAGAUAGCUCCAAUGAGACAUUCUCUAACUUUUCCACAUCUCUCAAAGGCAGCGCCGUCCGACUCGGUCGUAUGGCGAAGAGCGGGAACCGCGUGGCGAUCUUCAAACUGGCGGCGAUCAUCGUCGGAGCCGUUCUCUUGUUAUGGUGGAUCGUGAGUUGGUUCGUCUAA